AUUUCUCUUCCCACCCUUUGGCUCGUAAUGGACUGUUGAUGUAGGUUUGGCUUGAAAUGCUUCUAAUGUCAACUAUCAUGACCUAAAAAAAGCUUAGAUAAUUUUAUUUUUUGAUGUAUAGUUUUACGGGGAAUAUAUUAUUGAAAAGAAGUCCAUUGAAGGAAUCCCUAGAAGUUUAUUUGUAUUUCUUUGGUCGUUUUAUUAUCAAUUUAGUGUGGCUGGUGUCCCCCCCCCCUACUACGUCACUGGUGGCGGCCAUUGUGCUCGAACGAGGCGAACUGGUGAGGAGGAAACAUCACAAUAUUACCAUUGAUUUCGCUGAUUACAGACUGCAGGAUAUAGGUAAAUACAAACUUAUUCGAGUUUGUGAUGGCUUCGCGAACCCAGAGAAAUGCUGGCCUGGUUCAACGCAAGAACAUCAAUUCGUCUGAAUUCUGCGAUCCGGACGAGCAAAGCGAGAAUCGCCAAAUCGACGAAGACGAACUCGACCACGACUCCAAAGAAACCCGAUUAACUCUCAUGGAAGAGGUCUUAUUGCUCGGUUUAAAGGACAGAGAGGGCUAUACCUCAUUUUGGAAUGAUUGCAUAUCAUCUGGUCUUCGUGGUUGCAUUCUAAUCGAACUUGGACUUCGGGGACGUAUAGAGCUUGAAAAAGCUGGCAUGAGAAGGCGUAGUUUACUGACUCGUAAAAUUAUCUGCAAGUCUGACACACCAACUGGAGAUGUCUUGCUAGACGAAGCAUUAAAACACAUUAAAGAAACAGAACCGUCUGAAUCAAUUCAGACGUGGAUUGAGUAUUUAAGUGGUGAAACUUGGAAUCCAUUGAAAUUAAGGUACCAAUUGCGUAAUGUACGAGAACGGCUGGCAAAAAAUUUGGUUGAAAAGGGUGUGUGCACUACAGAAAAACAGAACUUCUUGCUUUUUGAUAUGACUACUCACCCACUGACAGACACUGGUGUUAAACAGAAGGUAAUCAAGCGAGUUCAGGAUGCUGUGUUAAGCCGAUGGACAAACAAUCCGCAGAGGAUGGACAAACGUCUUCUGGCUCUUAUCUACCUUGCUCAUGCGUCUGAUGUGUUGGAAAAUGCCUUUGCACCACUGUCCGAUGAUGAUUAUGAAGUUGCCAUGAAACGUGUACGGGAAUUGUUGGACCUAGAAUUUGAUGUGGAAAGCAUGAAAGAAGGAUCAAAUGAGAUGAUGUGGGCAGUUAUAGCUGCUUUCAGUAAAUGAAGUGUUUAACAGGGAAGCAACAACCCCAACAACAACAACCAGCUGACAACAACAACAACAACCACAUUACAUCACAGUGACUUCUGUACUCUUGAGUACACUCCAGAUGAUACUGUCCUAUCUGUAACCAUUAAAAAAAGAAAAAUAAUUAUGAGGAAUACAAACAAACACUCAACGAACUCCAGUCCAUUUAAAAGGGAGCAAGAUGGUGUUUGUUAUUCACCAUUUCUUUUGUUUUCUUUGCCCUUAGUUUACCUUUUUCUCUGUACAUAACCAAAAACUGGGAGUAACUCAUAUAUCUGAGAGGGACAUUAACUAGCGGGUUACAACUGUUAAUAAUAUGAACAACAAUAUUAAUGAUAAUUAAUAAUAAUUAUUAUUAUCUUAAUGAAAACAAUGAUGCUCUAUAUGAACUUUUCUAUUCAUGAACUGUUGCCACAUUUUAAGAACCACUUGAUACCCCCACCCCCCCAUCCUCCUGUCUACAUUAUUAGCCAUUUACCCACUUUUAAAGAAUCAACAUGACUACAGAAAUAAGAUUGGAUGUUUGAGAUGUGUUCAAUUCCCUUGUCUAAUGCUGGCAUUCACUUUUGUUUGCAAGUCAAAAUCUGUGAGAAAAUGGUCAACAGUAAGAUAUGUUAUUCCAUUCUUUUUAAUAAUGUUUUUUUUUCUCUUUAGUACUUAUCCUUAUUUUUCGUUCCACUUACAAAGUUCUUAGUUGAGUUAAAAUUCAGUUUCUGUUCUAAACUGCUGAUUAGCAUUUUACCUUGUUAAACUUCUCUAAUAAUCCUAUACAAUGCUUUGAACUAACAGCGUUUUCUCUGAGAAACAUUGAAAGCCAAGUUUUAUUUUAGCUCUAGUGUGAGAGAGAGAGAGAGAGAGAGAGAGACUCACCACCAUAUGUACCCCUGCCUCAAUCUCCCCCUCUCUCUCUCUCUCUGCAUGUCAGUUUAGCUAAUUUGUCUUCCUUAACAAAAGUUAUAUUUUUAAAUUAAAAAAUUAACUAACAAGAUUAGUAUUCAAUUGGAUUUGAAAUUUCUUUUAUUGUUUAUAUUUCCAUUAGAUAUUUAAUUCAUUUCCUCUCCUGAAUUUGUUUGGUUCACCAAUUCCAUGUUUUCAAUUCACUAAAACAUCCUCCAUUCGAAAACAUUUCAUUCUGUUUCUUUUCUGAUAUUUUCUGAAAAUUGCCAUUUUUUGCUGUUUGUUUCUUCUCCAUUUAGUGUUUCUCCCUUGACAAAUGUAAAAAAAAAUCGAUUAGUCUUUAGUCAUUUCCUUUUUUCUAAUUUUUUUUUAAUAGUUUCAUUUAUUUUCUGUUUUGGGUUUUUUGUAAUUGCAAUCUUGUAAAGAAUUUCUAUAUUUACUUUAUAAGUUUAAAGAAUUUAGAUUUUAAAUUUGGUAAGUCUCAACACAGAUUGUACUGAAGAUGAAAGAUAAAAAGCCAGUAAAACUAACAUAUUAGAGACAUCUCUCUCUCUCUCUCUCUCUCUCUCUCUCUCGCACACACACACACACUGCAUCUUGUACCUUUCAGUCUGUAUAGUGGAAAAAAAUGUGGGAUUUUAACUCUGUUCCAUAAUUAAAGUAUUAAUUUUCUUAUUUUUAUUGGUGCUAGGGUCUUUUUCUUCUUCUUUUUCAUUUUUGUUACUACAUAGGAAACCUUUACCGACUGCUGAAAGGUGAUGCAUUAAGUGGUGGGGGUGUACGGAGAGAGUCUCCCCUUACUUAUUUACUUUUUUUUCGCUUAUAUAUAUAUUUAUAUAUAUAUAAUUACAUAAAUAUAUAUUGAAUAUAUAUAUAUUUUUUGCAUUAUAUAUAUGUAUAACAAAUAUAUUUUUUGCUUAUAUAUAUAUAUAUGUGUGUGUGUGUGUGUGUAUAAUUUCCAUUUUCCUUAAUAGCGUUUAAAUGUCUUCAGUCAUGAUCUUCUUCAACGUUUUCUUAGCUUGUCGUCUUCCCAGCUCAGUCAAAUGAACAUUCUCUACUUUGUUUGUUUUUCACAAACAAUCUGGUUGUGACGAUAAUAUCAACCCACACUGUGCAUUUGGAUUAAUAGUUUGACUGGGAAUUUGAAAAGCUUAUCCUUUGUUGUUAUAUCAGCUUUCUGGUCUAAUGAUGAUACUAUGGGAUGACUUAUCUAAAAGUCAACAUACAAUGAAAAUAAUACCAUUUCAUUGAUUAUUUUUAUCUUCUACAUUUUUACUGACACUUUCAAAACUAAUAUGAAAUGAGUCUCAGAAAAAAAGCAAAAAAAAAAAAAAAAGCAAAACGAAAAUCCAUCACCCCUGAGUGAAUGUUGAAAUGUUGAUAGAAACCAAAAAAGGAUUUAAUGAUGUAAGGUUUUCUACUGCUUUCAUAACUAUUUAUGUCUGGAAAUAUUGACAAUGGAAUCGAGACUGGGGAGAUUGAAUUAUACCAGGUUUUUGAGACAAGGGUUCUGUUCGUGUGUUUUGUUUCGUAAUAUAUAAAUUGGUAUAUGAAGGGAACAAUUUUGGACACUGACAGAAAAUCAAGGUUAAAAGCAUCAAUUAUACCUGUUGUUAUUAUUAUUAUUAUUAUUAUCUUUUUUUUAGUGAUUAUGGAAAAGGUUUCUGUGAAUUUCUGAAUAAUUAAGCAGUGUUUACAAAUGUAAAUCUGUAAGAAAACGUGCGCAAUAAACCUUUUUUUUAAUCUAUUUAUAAAUGAGCCAGAAAAAUA